AUGUACACAUUUUCCACAUUACCCGUCGAAAUUGUUUAUCGAAUUAUGGAUCAUCAAAACAAGCUGACACUAUUUUGCUCGAUGCAAAAUAUUUCCCAGCGGCUCAAUCAGAUCCUGAGCACCUAUGAGCGCUAUCGAACACUCACCACCCUCACCCUCACCCACAACGAAAUCGGUGAUGAAGGGGCACAACGCAUUGCGGAUGCGUUGCGGACGAACACAACACUCAUUACGCUAGAUCUCGGCGAUAACCAAAUCGAUGCUGGAGGAGCACAACACAUUGCGGAUGUGUUGCGCAUCAACAGGACACUCACCACACUAAACCUCAAUUCGAACCAAAUCGGUGAUAAAGGAGAACAAUACAUUGUGGAUGUGUUGCGAAUGAACACGACACUCACCACGCUAGGUCUCGACUAUAACAAAAUCAGUGGUGGAGGAGCACAACGCUUUGCGGAUUUGUUGCGAACGAACACAACACUCAUUACGCUCGAUCUCGGCGUUAACAGAAUCGGUGAUGUAGGAGCACAACACAUUGCGGAUGUGUUGCGAACGAACACAACAGUGGCCACACUAAACCUCCACCGUAACGAAAUCGGUGAUCUAGGAGCACGACACUUUGCGGAUGCGUUGCGAACGAACACGACACUCACCACGCUCUAUCUCGCCGCCAACAGAAUCGGUUAUGAAGAGGCACGACACAUUGCGGACGCGUUGUGUUGGAAUGCAGGCGUCAAUAUGGUGUAG